AUGGAAGUCAUGUGUACAGUUAGUUCUGGACGAGCCUGUAGUAAGAAAUUUAAGUUGUUGUUAUUAAUUAUUUUCCAGUUUGAGAUACACACAGUGACAGGACUAUGGCCAUUACCACAGACAGUAAUCUCUUCAAUGGAGCGAUACACACUGAAUCCUCAAGAUUUCCACUUUAACUAUGGAAGAAAUUCAGCUGUAAAACAGGGAUGUUCUAUCCUAGAUGCUGCUUUCAAGAGAUACUUUUCUUUAAUUUUUCCAGGAUACUUAUCUGUUAAUGAUACUCUGCACUUCGGUGAAGAAAAAACAUUUACUUUGUCAAUCACCGUUGAUCAAGAUGACUGUGACGGGUACCUGAAUGCAGACUCCUCUGAGAGAUAUCAUUUGAAUGUCUCAGGACAACAUGCAGUCCUCAAUGCAGAAACAGUGUGGGGUGUUCUAAGAGGCCUGGAAACGUUCAGUCAGCUGGUGUAUCAAGAUGAUUUAGGCAGACUUUUUGUAAACAAGACUGAGAUACACGACUUCCCUCGUUUUCCAUACAGGGGCAUUUUGCUGGACACUUCACGUCACUAUUUACCAUUGCAAGCCAUUCUAAGAACGCUGGAUGCAAUGACGUACAAUAAGUUCAAUGUGUUUCAUUGGCACAUUGUUGAUGAUCCCUCUUUCCCAUACCAGAGCCACACCUUUCCAAACCUCAGUAGAAAGGGGGCUUUCCAUCCCACAACUCACAUUUAUACACAAGCAGAUGUGAGAAGGGUUGUGUCAUAUGCCAGGCUGAGAGGAAUAAGGGUCAUUCCUGAGUUUGAUUCUCCUGGACACACCAAAUCUUGGGGGAAAGGGCAGCCUGACCUGUUGACUCCCUGUUACAGAGGAGGCACUCCUUCAGGUAAAUUUGGUCCUGUGAAUCCAUCAUCAAGGGGUACCUACCAGUUCUUGGCCAAACUGUUUAAGGAUGUGGCAUUGGCAUUUCCUGAUUCUUAUAUCCACUUGGGAGGUGAUGAGGUUGAACACUCAUGCUGGAGAUCCAACCCUGAUGUUCGCGUGUUCAUGCAGAAGAUGGGAUUCGGAGGAGACUUAACCAAACUGGAAACAUACUACAUGGAAAAUAUUGUGAAUAUCACUUCAGCUCUCAACAAGACAGCCAUCAUGUGGCAAGAUGUGUUUGACCAUAAACCACUCAAGUCUCCAUCAGUGGUGGAGGUGUGGAAGCGCGGUUGUUACCUGUGCAAAAUGUAUAGGGUGACUAAAGCAGGACUGAUGGUGAUUCUGGCCUCUCCAUGGUAUUUGGACCAGCCAGGACCCACGCACAACUGGGCCCGCUACUACAACGUGUGGCCCCUCGCUUUUAAAGGUACAGAGGAACAGAAGAAGCUGGUGAUUGGAGGUGAAGUUUGCAUGUGGGGAGAAUAUGUUGAUGCUGCCAAUCUUGCACCGCGUCUUUGGCCGAGGUCAAGUGCUGUUGCAGAGAGACUUUGGAGUGAUGAGAGACAAACUUCCAGUGUGGAGAAGGCAUUUCCUCGUUUGCAGGAUUUUCGCUGCAAGAUGCUGAGGCGUGGUAUCCAGGCAGAACCUCUCCUUGUUGGACACUGCAGACAUGAGUAUGAGGCUGUUUGACAUUGUGGACUCCAGAUUUU